CUUGCUCACGAAACGAAACUUAACAUUCAAACCAAAACCAACCGACGUGGAAGCAUUUCUCUCUUUCAGCAGAAAAAUAAAACGCAAUUUGGAACAAAUUGGCUGACAGACAGAAAACACAACAAGGAAUGGCCUCUGCUAACACUUCCUGGUCUGAGGAGGACUUUUCAUGUUCCAUCUGUCUGGAUGUGUUCAGCAGCCCGGUUACCACACCGUGUGGACACAACUUCUGCAGAACCUGUAUUACAAAGUUCUGGGAUGAACAAGUCAAGUACAAAUGUCCUGUUUGCAACAACAUUUUCGAUACAAAACCUGAUCCACGGGUCAAUACCCUCUUAUCACAGCUGGCUGCUCAGUUUAGAACAACCGUACGAGUUAAAGAGCAGCCUUGUGUUGAACCAGCAGAAGUUCCCUGUGACUUCUGUACUGGGACCCAGCAGAAGGCUGUGAAGUCCUGCCUAGUGUGUUUCACCUCUUACUGCCAAACCCACCUGGAGCCACAUCAAAGAGUCGCAGUCCUGAAGAAACAUCGGCUGGUCGAGCCUAUGGACCGUCUGGAAGACAGGAUGUGUAAGAAACACGACAGACUUCUGGAGCUCUUCUGCCAGACUGAACAGGUGUGUGUGUGUCAGUUCUGCACAGAGACAGACCACAAGUCCCAUCCUGUUGUACCUCUGAAGGAGGAAUAUGAAGUGAAGACGGCCCAGCUGGGGAAGAUAGAGGCUUAUUUUCCGCAGACGAUCCUGGAGAGGAAACAAAAGAUUAAGGAGAUCAAAGACAGAGUAGAACUGAGCAACAAAGUUGCAGACAGAGAGAUAGCCAUUGGUGGGCAGGUCUUCACUGCUCUGAUAGGCUGUGUUGAAAAGUGCCGGGAUGAAUUCAACCAAACGGUUCAAGUGGAACUGAAAUCCACAGCGAAACAAGCUGAAGACCUCAUUAAAGAGCUGGAGCAGGAAAUAGAAGAUCUGACCAAUAGAUGCUCAGAGGUGAAGCAGCUCUCACACACUAAAGACCACCUCCACUUCCUCCAGACCUUCAGAUCCCUGAAGGAUCCUCCACCCACCAGGGACUGGACGACGGUGGAGGUCCGUCCUCCGUCAUACGUAGGGACCUUGAGGAGAUCCCUGGAUCAGCUGGAGGAGACACUGAACAUGGAGAUGAAGAAGCUGUUUGAUGAUGCUGUACUGAAGAGGGUCCAGCAGUAUGAAGUAGAUGUGACGCUGGAUCCUGAUACAGCUCAUCCCCGUCUCAUCCUGACUGAGGAUGGGAAACAAGUACAUGAUGGAGGUGUGAGGAAGGUACUCCCAGACAACCCUAAGAGAUUUACACAGUCUAUAUAUGUUCUCACGAGGCAGAGCUUCUCCUCAGGGAGAUUUUACUUUGAGGUACAGGUUAAAGACAAGACUUAUUGGCGGUUAGGAGUGGUCAGAGAGUCCAUCGACAGAAAAGGUGGGACCACGUGGACCCCUGAGACGGGUUACUGGACUCUUUUCUACUACAAGGAUGUAUUGGUAUUUAAUGAUAACCCUUAUGUCUGUCUCCCUCUGAGAGCUGAGCUCCAGAAGGUGGGGGUGUUUGUUGAUUAUGAUGAGGGUGUGGUCUCCUUCUAUGAUGUGGAAGCCAGGGUUCAUAUCUACUCUGCUACUGGCUGCACCUUCAGUGAGCCUCUCUAUCCAUUCCUCUGCCCAGGCCGCCAUGGUUAUAGAGGUAACAACUCUGCCCCCCUGAUCAUCUCACCUGUCAUCUCACCUGUCAAUCAAACAGACUAGGACCUUUGUUUGAUAAUAAAACAAAGAAACAACCAAAACAACUAAUGUUGUUUACUGAAUUAGAAUCUCUACUAUGUGAGGUCUGAGAGAACUGCUUUAAUGUCGUACUGCUGACAUUUAACGAGGAGAUGUUCUUUAAGAACAUGAUCACAGUUGAUGAAUUCAACCCAUUAUGAAUGGUUAAAUUACACAAUAUAUUUUGUCUGUUUUGUUUCCAGAUCUUUAUACACAUUUAACGCUAUUAAGUUGUUAACAGUUGCAGUUAUAUAGAACAUAAGAGGACUAACAUGUUGAGAGGAAUAAUUUGUACAAAAUAAUAAUUUUAGUUUUUUAACAUUAUUAUCUGCUUUAACUUCUGAAUAGUGAAUGACAAAAAAACGCAAUGUCCUUACACGUUCAUUGUUUGUUUUUUUAAUGUGUAGGCCUAAAUAAGUUAUCUAAAAUAGAUAUAUUCCAGUCUAAUAGUGUUCAGUAGAAACACUGUCUCAGGGUAAUACAAAAAAUGAAUGUGUUUGUUGCCUCAAACCUUUAUUUUGAUAAUUUCGAGAUUGAUGGAACGUUUUAUAUCAGUAAAGAAUUGUAAAAGUUGGUAGUUGAUGAACCAGUAAAACUUAAUCUCCACCAUACAACCCUUCAUGUAUUAAACACUUAAAGAAGGUCAAAGUGACUACAUGUAAAGAUUCUCCCCAUGUGUGUGAGUACCGUGACUUUUUCUUGUCUGCUCUCCUCUCCUCUCUUCUCUUCUCGUCACCAUCCUCUCCUCUCCUCUCUUCCUCCUCUCUCUUCUCCUCCUAGCUCCUCUCUCUUACCUCUGCUAUCCUCUCUAGCUCAUCUAGGAUUGUGUUCAUUAUCGUCUUUCAUUACGCAUUAAGUGUGUUCACAUGUCAAAAGUCACCCCGUUUAGAUGAAUCUAAAAUAGAUGUUGUACAACUGAACUCCCACUGGGUGAGUUCGGCUGUAGUGAAUCACUAUGGUGACGGUGACGCUCCCGCUCGUGCGGAGUCCUCCUCCCAUAACCACGCCCACUGACUGCCUGGACGACGCGAGGAGAGGGAGAGAGACCCCGAAGCUGUUGGCACGAGAGCCGUGGACCUCGAUACCUAUGAGCGGCCAGCAGCAUGGGAAUGAACAACCCCAGCCAUCAUACGUUUGAAUAUGUGUGUCAACUUCUCCCUGAUGGUCUGAAUAAGUCGCAAAGUGUGUCGUUAGUCGCCUUUUAAAUAAAGUCGCAAAAAGAGUAAAUGAUACGUGCACAACUGUUAAUGAUCUGUAAUGUUUGAUACUAUUAUUUUAGUCAUUCUGUUUAUUGUUCACUUGUACUUUUAUUCGUUGUUCAAGCAUAAUACUAAUAAACAACUCAGUCGAACCAAAAUAAUGUUCUCGUGUAUUCAGCCGACUAACUAUCCUGCAUUCUAGCCUUUAGUUCUUGCUGUCCUCAGACUAGCUUGGUCAAAAUAGUGUUGCUGUGAAUAUGUGAAUGACAUCUUCACUAUGUUAAACCAUAUUUUAAAAGAUGCACAUGUUCCUGUCUGGCUGUUAGCCCUGUAAUAGUCUACAGCUGUGGCUCAUAGGUUAAUUGAGCCACACCCAUUCUGGUGCUCCUUAAGAGGGCCAGAAUUCUAGACUGGAGGGAGGCUUGAGUUGUGCAAGAAGAAGAAUCGACUGUUGUGCUAUUGUUUGUUUUAAAUAUGUUUUUCUACACGGAGUGGUGAACAGGUUUAGCCUAUCUGGGUUAAUCUGUCGUCGUGGUUUUACCACUCCGCCCAUUACCAAUGUAAUCUGAACUUUUAUCUGUAUGGAGAUUCUUCAUGAACCACAUCCAGAGUGCAACCCGGUUAUGAAUAAACCACGUUUUGAACCGUUAACACUCCGAUUCAUGACCGACCCCGAAACGAUAGGCCUACCAUCAAAAUUAUGUUUCAACAGUGUAGAACCUUAUUGAUUUCAGAUGUUUGUGUUCAGUUCAUGCAUUUUAUUUGCUAUUGGUUGAUUGUUUGCAUGGUUGAGGAAAUCUGGAAUUGAAACAUGGCACACGGCAUACCCUGAAUUUAGCCUUGGUUAUUUGAUGCGCUAAUAGUAAAUAAACACCUUAGUGAAGUUCUGCCGACCGAUUAGUGACCACUAGAGAGCGGUAGAGUGGCGGUUUCCUCACAUUUUUUGUGAUCUAGCAAUGAUGCAAAGAAAGAGUUAAUUUCCCAUGUAUCUUAACUUUUACCAAACUAACACCAUGUAUGAUGGCAUCAAAUCAUGGUGAUCGUGUUCAUUGGGGAUUCACUGUAUUAUACAUAAUAGUUCACAAUAAACGCGUUUGGAUUCCUCAGACAUACUGAUUGGCUUAGAGCUGCUGACGUCAUCAGUGCCGUUCAUGCAUUGCCUUGAA